CGCGCCGCCCGGGUCGCUGCCGGAGCUCGCCCGUCGCCCCUGCGCUGCGCGGACCGCGGCCACAGCCGGACUGGUGGGCACGGCGGCGACAGACGGAUUGGCUUGACAGUCCCAGUCCUCAGAGGAGCACCGGCCUCGAGGCGGUGGCGUCCGCGUCCGCUUGUCCCGGAGCAGGGGCAGGUGCCGCGCGGGGGGCGCUCCAGGGACCGCGUUGAGGCCGCGGACGCCGCCCGCCGAGGCCGGCCCCCGGCUCGCCGAACCCAGCUCCCCGCUCGCCGUCGGGGCGUCCCCAGGCCCAAGGGCGGCCGCGGAGCCGAUGCGCGCCAGCUGAGCGUCCCCGGCCGGCCAUGGCCGCGCGCGCAGGCCCGCUCUGGCUCCUGGGGCUGGCGUUGUGCGCGUUGGGCGGGGGCGGCCCCGGCCUGCGACCCCCGCCCGGCUGUCCCCAGCGACGUCUGGGCGCGCGCGAGCGCCGGGACGUGCAACGCGAGAUCCUGGCGGUACUCGGACUACCUGGGCGGCCCCGGCCCCGCGCGCCACCCGCCGCCUCCCGGCUGCCCGCGUCCGCGCCGCUCUUCAUGCUGGACCUGUACCACGCCAUGGCCGGCGACGACGACGAGGACGGCGCGCCCGCGGAGCGGCGCCUGGGCCGCGCCGACCUGGUCAUGAGCUUCGUCAACAUGGUGGAGCGAGAUCAUGCCCUGGGCCAGCAGGAGCCCCAUUGGAAGGAGUUCCGCUUUGACCUGACCCAGAUCCCGGAUGGGGAGGCGGUCACAGCUGCGGAGUUCCGGAUUUACAAGGUGCCCAGCAUCCACCUGCUCAACAGGACCCUCCAUGUCAGCAUGUUCCAGGUGGUCCAGGAGCAGUCCAACAGGGAGUCUGACUUGUUGUUUUUGGAUCUUCAGACGCUCCAAGCUGGGGACGAGGGCUGGCUGGUGCUGGACGUCACAGCAGCCAGUGACCGCUGGUUGCUGAAGCGUCACAAGGACCUGGGACUCCACCUCUAUGUGGAGACUGAGGACGGUGAGAUGUGGACUGGCUGGGGCUGGACCAAGGACUCCAGGCUUCAGAUGUGGAAACUGAGGCUCAGCAGGGACCCUCGGGUCCUCAGCCUUCAUGCUCCUGGACCUGCCCAGGCCCUGGCAGAGAGAUCCCUGCUGUGUCUGCUGCAGGGCCACUGCCCGGCCAGUCCGAGUCCCAUCCGCACCCCUCGGGCAGUGAGGCCACUGAGAAGGAGGCAGCCGAAGAAAACCAACGAGCUGCCGCAGGCCAACCGACUCCCAGGGAUCUUUGAUGACGUCCACGGCUCCCACGGGCGGCAGGUCUGCCGUCGGCACGAGCUCUACGUCAGCUUCCAGGACCUUGGCUGGCUGGUAAUUGCUGACUCUCCUUGUUUCUGAAAUGACAAUCACCACCUGUAGAUCAGAAGUGACUCUGUAGGGAGGACAUAGAAUCAUGAGUGACUUCAAUUUUCUUAGGUAUUUUUUUCUUCUGUGUUUUCCAAGUUUUCUAAAGUGAGAAUAUGGUGAGAAAGG